GUGCUUGCCUGGAAGUGUCUGUCGCAAUCGCAGCACGUUUGACAGUAGCAAAGUUGCCGUGGUCCCUGGUGCCUUAAUUGUUAAGCCUGCGUUGGGUGUUUGGGUGACUGAGUUUAUCCUGGGGUUUAAUUUUUUGCGAGACACGAUACAGAAAUAAUUUACAAGCGUAGGGGGCCUAAGUAGACAUGAAACCCAACGGACUGGAUCCAACCGUCUCGUCUGAGAACCAUUCUGUGAAGGGCAGCGACAAGAUGUCCUUACACAGCGACUCGGGCAGUUCGUCAGUAGAGAGCGACGUGAAACUGCUCCGGAAGGUUACCCUCCUCAAUGCCGUGACGGUGAUCGUGGGCUCCAUCGUCGGCUCCGGUAUCUUCAUCUCCCCUGUGGGCGUGUUAGUCAACAGCGGCUCGGCGGGCUCGUCGGUCUUGAUCUGGGCGGCUUGUGGAGCCAUGUCCUUGGUGGGUGCGCUGUGCUACGCCGAGCUGGGUACCACGCUGUCAGCAUCCGGUGGGGACUUCACCUACAUCCGGACUGCUUUCGGCUCCCUACCCGGCUUUUUGUAUCUCUGGGUGACCAUGAUGGUGGCUUUUCCUAGUCAGCAGGCAAUUAUCGCCUUGACUUUUGCCAACUACGUGUCUCUGCCUUUCUACCUGGAACCAGAAUGUCCCCCGUCGAUCGAGUUGCGGAGCCUCCUAGCUGCUGUAUGCCUAGUUACGCUGACAAUAAUAAAUGGCUUUAGUGUGCGCAUGGCCACUCGGGUCCAGGAUGUCUUUACGCUGGGGAAGAUGUUGGCUCUGAUUCUCAUCAUCGUCAUGGGCAUCAUCGAACUCACCAAAGGCACCACGACCAGUUUUCAGAACAGCUUCGACACCGUACCCGGACUGGAAGUAUCGGCGUCAGGGAUCGCUCAGGCCAUCUACGCGGGACUCUUUGCCUACGGUGGCUGGAGCAACCUGAACUUCUUGACCGAGGAACUGCAAAAUCCAAACAGGAAUAUGCCCCUGGCGAUUAUCAUAGCUGUGCCCGUGGUUACCACCGUCUACGUCCUAGCCAACAUCAGCUAUUUGGCCGCCAUGAGCCCUCAGGAGUUGUUAAUUUCGCCUGCAGUAGCGCUGACGUUUGGGGAGAAGGUUUUGGGAGCAGCAGCUGUUAUCAUGCCCGUAUCGGUCGCCCUGUCCACGUUCGGCGCAGUCAACGGAAUGCUUAUGGCAAGCUCACGGCUUAGCUUUGUUGGUGCUCGUAGCGAGUCGCUCCCUCAGGUACUUGGAAUGAUUCAUGUGGGACAAGAAACGCCCCUGGCAGCCCUCGCGUUUAUGUGUUUCAUGUCACUUAUGUACCUCUUUGCGGCCGACAUUGGACAGCUGCUAAACUACUUUAACUUCGUGUUCUGGACAGGCGUCGGUGUUUCCAUCACUGGCAUGUUAUUCCUGCGUUGGAGAAGGCCUGAUUUGGAGCGACCGUUGAAGGUCCCUUGGAUCUUACCAGUCAUAUUCGUUCUAGUGUGCAUCUUUCUAGUUGUGUUUGGCACCAUCGGGCAACCCAUGGACACGCUGAUUGGCCUGUGCAUCUCACUCACUGGGGUACCUGUCUACUUCUUUGGAGUCUACUGGACCAGCAAGCCCAAAUGGCUUCUGGGGUUAAUAGACGCAGCCACCGUGGCGAUCCAGAGGACGCUCCUCCUUGCACCUGAGCACACCUCAAAAAGCGACUGAAAAUUUACUCACGGAGUUGGCUCGACCUUGCCAUUAAGGUUCCGGCACCAUCUUUGGAGAGCUCAGUUUGGCAUGCCGGACUUUGAUCCCGAGUCUUGCUUUCUGUUGGCCUACCUCCUCCCAACCAGAUAUCCCCGAGAAAUAAACACGCCAUCAUUGAUUAUGCCCAAUGUAGGUUUAGAUGUACAUGUACGCCUACACCAUAGCCUUCCCUUUAACUCCAUAGAAGCCUGUAUAUCAUGAACACCAUUAUGUAUAUAAUGGCUUUUUAUGAGACAUAUUCAUUUACUAAGCCAUUUGCGAGUUACAUUUAAAUAAAAUCUGGUACACUGAGUCAUGUGAUUGCACAUGAAUUCUCAGACUAAUGACACUGCUGCUAUACCUCGUGAUUUGGGGCAAACUUUUGCAUAGCGACCAUCAUCUCUGGAAUGGACUGGUUCCUUUUUCCCUUCUAAUUCAUUGAGAACAGGGUAGGCGGCGUCUCGUAUGUAACUAAGUCAAAGCUUGCCCCGAAUCACGAGGUAUAUAUAGCAAGGGUAUUUUUAGUAUGGAGAAUUCAAAUUGUUAUGUUCACAUGAAUUUAAAGAAGUCAGUGUACCAGAUUCUGUUCUAAUUUAGCGCGUGAAAGGCAUGGGCCGUUUUCCAAUACUCAACUUCGUCUCCGUCUCAGGCUUAGUUCCCAAAACCUAUCCCCAGUUGCGCGCCUGAAGCGUUUAGAUUACAUUGGAUUACUGUAAUUUUUGGCUUUCUUGCAUCUUAUUUGAUCUUCUGUGGCACUAUUAGACUGAUUCCUGC